AUGAUUGACGCCAUGCCCAUCGUGUCAGCAAGCACAGGGCUGCAUGAGACUCUGGCCCUGCUCACCUCUCAGCUUCACCCUGACGCCAACCACAAAGAGGACCUGGUGUUCCUCAAAGAUGUCUUCAGCGAGAAAAGCAUCAGUUACCUCAUGAAGAUCCAUGAGAAACUGAAGCAGUAUGAGAAACAGAGCCCCACUCCGGUCCUGCACAGCGCCUCCUGUCUGGCAGAGGACCUGGCAGAGGAGCUUCAGAAUGGACCUCUGGAGGACGACGAGCGAGAACUGCUUCUGCUGCUGAGCACUCCUCACCUCAAGGCGGUGCUGUCAGCUCAUGACACAGUUGCCCAAAAGAAAUUUGACCCAGUGUUGCCGCCGCUGCCCGACGAUCUGGACGACGACCUGGAGGAGGAGUCGGUGAAGAUCGUCCGCCUGGUGAAGAACAAGGAGCCGCUGGGAGCGACGAUUCGGAGAGACGAGGCCACUGGAGCUGUAAUUGUAGCCAGAAUCAUGAGGGGAGGGGCGGCUGACCGCAGCGGUCUGGUGCAUGUAGGGGAUGAGCUUCGAGAGGUUAAUGGAAACCUGAUAACCCACAAAAGGCCAGAUGAAAUUAGCCAGAUUCUGUCUCAGUCACAAGGCUCCAUCACGCUGAAAAUCAUCCCAGCUGUUGCAGAAGAAGACAAACUGAAGGAGAGCAGGGUCUACCUUCGGGCUUUGUUUGACUACACACCGUUUGAGGACAAGGCCACGCCGUGCCAAGAGGCUGGACUACCUUUUAAGAGGGGAGAUAUCCUUCAGGUUGUGAGCCAGGAGGACGGCACCUGGUGGCAGGCCAAGAGGGUGGGCGACUGUAACCUGCGCGCCGCCCUCAUCCCCUCCAUACAGUUUCAGGAGAGGCGACUGAAGUACAGGAUGAAAGUGGGCUCCCUCCCUGCCCCUACGACCCUCAAAGCAUCCACAUAUGAUCGGACUGAGAGAGAGGACUGUGACAGUAAGGGUGCUCUGAAUGGAAAGGACAUAGCCAGCCUUCGCCGAAGUUUCCGCCUCAGGAAAGAUCGUCAGGGUUCACCAGGAGAACCGCACACUCCAGACAGCAAUCCCACCGACUUCCUGAUUUAUGAGGAAGUCGCACAGUAUUUGCCCCGCCCUAAUGAGAGGCCCCGCCUUAUAGUACUGAUCGGUUCACUUGGAGCUCGGAUCACUGAGCUCAAGCAGAAGGUGAUCGCUGAGAAUCCUCGACAGUACGGUUUGGCUGUGCCUCACACCACUCGAGCCAGGAAAUGUCACGAGAGAGAAGGAGUAGAGUACCACUUCAUCAGCAAAGCAGCGUUCGAGGCCGACAUCCAGAGUGGCAAGUUUAUUGAAUAUGGGGAAUAUAAAGAGAAUCUGUACGGUACCAGUUUGGAGUCCAUUCACAGAACGUUGGAUCAAAACAAAGUCUGUCUGGUGGAUGUGCAGCCAGAG